UGUAUACCAAGGCUGGUGUUUUUGUUGGAUGAAGUUAUCGAGAAAAAUUUAGAUAAGUGAGUUUUUAUGAUAUAAGAACGCGAGGGACGCCAGUUUAUCUGGCAAACGUUAAAGAACAGCACGACGGUAAGAGGAACCUAGAUACUCCAAAAACCAAGAUGACCAUUGACAUGUACUACACUACUGGGUCGCCGCCAUGCAUCCUGGUGUCCAUGGUGGCUUCCGCAUUAGAUGUACCCCUGAAUCUGAAGCUGGUGGACGUCAUCGCUGGAGAACAGUACAAUCCAGAAUUUUUGAAGUUAAACCCGCAACACGUUGUGCCAACUAUAGUGGACGGAGACUUGGUCAUGUGGGAGUCCCGGGCCAUCAGCCGGUACCUGGUGAACCGGUACGGCAAGGGGAGCUCGCUAUACCCUGAGGAUCCGAAGACCAGGGCACGCGUGGAUCAGCUGUUGGACUUCGAUGUUGGAGUUUUGUACCUUAGGUUCGCAGAUUAUUUUUACCCCCCUAUACUGUAUGGAGCAAAAACUGAUCCAGCUUUACUGAAGAAGUUGCAAGAAGCACUCCAGCUCUUCAACGUAUUACUGGAGGGACGCAAGUUUGCUGCUGCCUCCGAUCUGACCUUAGCUGACCUAGCGUUGGUUGCCACAGUGUCGACUAUUGAAAUAUCCGACAUAGAUUUGAACCCAUAUCCUAAUAUCCAAAGAUGGUAUAAGUUGGUGAAAUCUACAGCUAAAGACUACGAAGAAAUUAACGGCAACGGUGUGAAGAUUUUCAAGGAAAUUUUCGACAACCUUAAAGCUAAGAUAAACUUUAAACCAGUAUCUUUGACAGCUGACAGCGAGAUGCCAAUAGACCUGUAUUACACGGAUGGGUCAGCGCCGUGCCGCCUGGUUCUGCUGGUGGCUGCAGCUUUGGACGUCCAUCUCAACCUGAUGCCCGUGGACUUGAGGGCCGGAGAACAGUUCACACCUGAAUUCUUAAAGUUAAAUCCCCAACACACGGUGCCGACCAUAGUUGACGGUGAGUUCUCUCUGUGGGAAUCACGAGCCAUCAGCAGAUACCUGGUGAACCAGUAUGGCAAGGGAAGCUCACUAUACCCUGAAGACCCGAAGGCUCGAGCCCUAGUAGACCAGAGGCUGGAUUUCGACCUUGGGGUUUUGUACCCUAGGUUCGCAAAUUAUUUUUAUCCAACCUUAUUCGGGGGUACAAAAGCCGACGAAGCACAGCAUAAGAAGCUGGAAGAAGCCCUGGUCUUCCUCAACACGUUCCUGGCAGACCAGACCUACGCCGCUGGGCCACAGCUGACGCUAGCAGACCUGAGUUUGGUCGCCACGGUGUCAACGAUAGAUGUUGCUGGUAUUUCAUUGGAGCAAUACCCUAAUGUUGUGAAGUGGUACGAUUUGGUCAAGUCGACCGCUAAGAACUACGAGAAGGCGAACGGGAAAGGUGUGAAAAUAUUCAAGAAUCUCGUUGAUCAGCUUAAAGCCAAGACUGAACUGUGAUAUCUUUUAUAAUUUUAAAUUGAUUUAUCUUUAUAUAGCUAGCUAGCUUUAUAUUUUUAAAUUUUGAAGCAUAUAAUUCUUUCCAAAAAAAAAAAGAAAAUGGAUCAUUUUUAUUUUGAUUAAAACCAUUGCUAUCCGUAGGUAACAAGUCUGUCAACUUUUUCUUACUCAUUUACAGAGCUAAUUGCCAGCGUCAUGCGUCUCUAUAAAAAUAAAUAGUACCUAAAGUUUAAAAGCAAUAAAAGUCAGUUGUAAGUUAAAUAUAUUUAUUUUGACUUAACAAUUAUCUUAUGUUACUUAAUUAUAAGAUUUAAUCAACAUCCAACAAGUAGAUCAUAAAAUUUCUGACAAAUUAGAUCAAAAUCUUUUGAUGGUAGAACUUAAACUGUGUUGAGAAAAUGACCACUUAGAAAGAGAAAGUAUUAAGAUUAAGAUUUUAGAAAGAGAGAUGAUGAUUGGAUGCUUUUACUUCUUCAUACUGUUGACCAGUGCUUUGAAGGCUUCCAAGCCCUUCUCAUUAGCUUCUUGGUAGCCUGGGGCGGUCGACUUCACUGUUUCGUACCAUCUGAAAUAAAAGAAAUUAUGGCAUUAAAUUUCUCUAAUAUUGAGUUUUAGAUUCUCAGAGAUUUAAUUCAUAAAUAUCAAAAAAUAUUUAUAUUUCUGUGACACGAUAAUUCACUCAUGUCAUUAAAAGAUUUGUUCGACGGUACAGAUGUCCACAGAAUUCGAAAUAAGUCCUAUAUUAUUCUGAUUUUUACGCCGAUGUAGAAUAAAGGACGGAUCUGCUUUGCUUCCGGAUAAACAAGCUGGGUAAGGUUACCCAUAUAAACAGGUGUAUAUUUUAGGAACUUAACGCUUUACAUGUAUACCUAAAUCACCCAUACAAAACUCUCUCUUUGACCCUAAGCGAUAAAAAUAGUAUCUCUUCCAUCUUCUCACCAGUCACGACACAAUCGAGCAGUUACAUACAUACAUAUGGUCACGUUUAUAUCCCUUGUGGGGUAGACAGAGCCAACAGUCUUGAAAAGACUGAUAGGCCACGCUCAGCGCCUAAAAAACGAAUCCCAAGUUUGUAAGCCUAUCCCUUAGUCGCCUUUUACGACAUACUUGGUAAAGAGAUGGAGUGGUCCUAUUAUUUUUUGUACUGGUGCCGGGAACCACACGGCACUGCACAAUCGAGCAGUUAAUAUCUAACAGUAAAUAGGUUUAUGUUUAUUAAAUACCUCUUGACAUUGCUGUAUUUCUUGAAGUCGAUAUCAGACGCUUCGAAGCUGGAGACGGAGGCGAUGAGACUCAAGUCAGCGAUGGUUAGGUUGGGGCCAGCAGAGAACUUCUGUCCUUCAAGGAAUUGGUCGAACAGUUUCAGAGCCUCUUCGACUUUACCGGCCUUUUCUUUGUCGGCUGGUGCGUUGGCGAACACUUGUGGGUA